AUGACGCCUGACGAGUUUAAUAUCGACGAGGCCGAGGAUUUUGACGAUGGAACACGUGCUGUAUUAGAUGAUAAUGCAGUAUCUGAUUCUGAUGCGGAUGGAUUCGAUGCUACACGUUUGCGCUUGUCUCGUAAGCAGCGACUACAGGCGACGCAAGUCAAGAGCAUGAAACAGCAGGAAAAGGCGUCAGUUUUACGUGUUAAAAACUGGGAUAUGGGGCUAUUGGAAAGCAAAGAAUAUGCAGGACAAGUGGUGACUCGUAAGGAUUUGAAGGAAGACGGAGAGUCGCCUGAUGAAGACGCAAUUGCUGAUUGGUCAGAAGCGGAACCAUUUGAAGAAUCAGAAUCAGAAGAAGAAGGAGAAAAAGAAGAAGAAGCAGAAGAAGAAUCUGAAGAAGAAGAAGAAGAAGAAGAAGCAGAAGAGAGCAAUGAGAUGCUUAUACGUGGCUUUCAGAAGGAGGAUUCAGCCAGGCUUAUGGGUGUACAGGACAGUGAGAAGAUUGUGCAGAAGGCCAAGAACGUGCGGAAUCAAAAACUCAUUUGGGAGCGAUGUCUUGAAGUGCAGAUUUAUACAAAACGUCUGCUCAUGACGGAAAAAGAUGUGGUGACACAUGACGUGACGGACGGAGAGGCGACAGACGAGGAAGUUGUGAUGAACAGGAAGGAGAAAAUUGAAGCAGAGUUGUACAAAACUAUCGAGGCCGUGUCGGUCUUGCAGGAGAAAUUGUGCAAUGUUCCAGACCUGAGAACGGUUAAAGUGCCCACUGCAAAGCGCAAACGUUCGUGCGAUGAGUUGUGGCAGGACAUUGCAACGAGCAGUAGUGCAAUACUGCCUCAGUACAAUGAAAUCCUCAACACAUACACGCGCAAGACGAACUUGGAAGCAGGUGGUAAGACCAACCAAGCCAAUAAGUUUAAGGCUGUGAAUCAAGAUAUUUUGGCCCAAGUUGAGUCGGUGCUGGUGGACCCUCAGCGUGUCAAACGAAAGGCACAUGCUCCGCUAGAUAUGCCGGAGGCUGACGCGGUAGAAGGUGCCGACGAAGCACUGGACGAGCUAAUGUAUGACGACUCGGACUUCUACCAGCAGCUUCUGAAGGAGUUUAUUGAGAGUGGUGGAGGCGGCGCAGGCCAGGACAGCAUGGUGCGACGCACUCAUCGCAAGAAGAAGAAAGUUGUAAACCGUAAGGCAAGCAAGGGCCGUCAAUUGCGCUACACGGUGCACCCCAAGCUGGAGAACUUUAUGUUCCCAGAGCCUUACCCCAAGCCGGAGAUGGACGUGACUGAGCUUUUUCGCUCGCUCUUCGGUCAGGUUCGGCACUAG